CAGCUAAGUACAAUGGCCGCCUCCAAAAGGGUCGAGUUUGAAAGUGCCAACAAGUUAGGUCUCUGUCCAGGUUUCUUGUGUGGAGACCCCAAGAAACAAACUAAGGGCAUCAUUGUUCUACAGGUGAGGACAGACUGGACUUUAAGAUUGCAACCUAGGGGUCUUGCACACAUAUCUCAUAGAUUAGGAUUGCAACCUAGGGGUCUUGCACACAUCUCAUAGAUUAGAAUUGGAACUUAGGGGUCUUGCACAUAUCUCUUAGAUUAGGAUUGGAACUUAGGGGGUCUUGCACACAUAUCUCUUAGAUUAGGAUUGUGACUUUUUGCAAAUCUAUAUUUUAAGCUUGCAUUCAAUCCCCUGAAAUAAUUUAAAGCUAUAGUGAGGGCAGUAACUAUGGGAUGUGGCUUAUCCCUUUGAUUGGUUCACAGCCAAAGAAUUGGCAGCAGAUUUAGAGCAAUCAGUUUUAUAAUCCACUGCUCUACUAUGGCUUUAUAUUAUUUUCUGAGAUAUCAUUGAUGAAAAUAAAAUGAAUUUGCUGGUGGACACAUAACUCAGACAAAGUAGAAUUCAUUGACUAUUGUAUUUGUAUUUACUUCCAUUGUUCAAACACCAGACUAGACAUUAUGCUAGUCUAAUUGACAUGUAUUAUAUCUAACUCAUGGUGUAGAUUGUCAGUCUAAUUAAAAUGUAUUAUUUCUAACUUCAUUGCUGUUGAUUGUGUUUCUUCUAUUCAUGUGUUGUUUCUAACUGCAGCACUCUAAAAUGCUUUGGUUGCUUCCUUCUUCUUCCAUAGGAAUGGUGGGGUGCGAACGACCAAAUCAAGGAUUGUGGCAAGGACAUCUGUGGGCGUAUCGACAUGGUCACCCUUGUCCCUGACCUGUACAGAGAAAAGGUGGCCAAGAACAAUGAGGAAGCUGGUCACUACAUGGGUGAACUGGACUGGAAAGGGGCCGUUGAAGACAUCAGAGCUGCUGCCAAGUAAGUUUGUCACCAGACAUCUUUUUUUUUUUUUUUUUUUUUGAGUUGGAAAAUUUUUACAAAGGCUAAGGGAAGCUUUUAAAUUUAAUUUCACCAACUCCUUUCUUUUGGAAAUGAGGGGGGGGGGGGGGGGGGGGGGGGGGGCACUAUCACAAUAUUGUGAUGCAGACAAGGGGUCAUCUGUCUUUAUAAUUAAGGUUUAUUUUUGCCUCGCUAGCUGCAUAUUGACACAAACCGUCAUUUUGAUUCCACCACCGACAGCUACGUGAAGACCCUAAAAUCAGCUCUUGACACACAACGGAAUGACUCAGCUAGUCAGUGUCCCGACACAGAAGCGGGGUCACAUCCUAGAUUGGCUGGUUGUCAGAGAGGACCGUACAGCUAUUAUCCGCAACCUCAUUAUUGAAGACAAACUUAUUUCUGAUCACUUCCCAGUCACCUUCGACUUUGACUUGAGGAAGCUAGGACGCCUUCUGCGCACAGUCAUAAACAAGCUUAAACUGAACAAUGAAAAGACCAAGCUGAUCCCCAUUGCUACCGCUCAAAAGCUACAAUAUAUAAAUAACACACAAACCCUUACUCUCUCAGGUAUACAGAUAGAGUUUGCUCAAAUAGUGUGUAACAGAACACUAACUAUGGAAAUCACAUUAACAUGCUUUGCAAUGCGAUUUUUCUAGAGCUGCGCAGAAUUAGUCAUAUCAGACCUUUCUUAACAUUAGACGCAUCAAAGAGGGUGAUGUCUGCAUUCAUGCUACCACGCAUGGACUACUGCAAUGCUCUCAUGGUGGGUCUUCCAGCUACGCUCCUGGAUAAAAUUAAAAAAGCACAGAAUAAUACGGCUCACAUUGUUCUUCGAAAACGCAAAUUCGACCAUGCUAAAACUCCUCUGAGAGAGUUGCAUUGGCUGCCUGUCCGCGGGCGCAUAGAGUACAAAAUUGCAACUCUGUGCUACUGCUGCUUGCAUGACCUGGCACCGACCUAUCUCAAAGCGCUACUUACACCUUAUGUACCCACUAGACAACUCCGCUCAUCUGAUAGUGGCAAACUCUCGAUAACAAGUUCGCCUUGAGACUUACGAGGGACACACUUUUGCAUUUGCUGGUCCAACAAUUUGGAACACUCUUCCUAUCGCUCUCAGAAACAGCCAGACCUUGGAGUCUUUCAAAACUGAUUUGAAGACUUAUCUAUUUCGCAAACACCUGCUGGGGUGAUGUUGUCUAUCUAACUAUUAUCUUUUAGAUGCUUAUUGGCUUGUUUUGUUUAUGGUUGCAAGGUAUGAAAGACGUAGAAUGGGUAUUUUUGUAUGCAGUUUUGUAAUGUUGAAUUUUGUACUUCAAUGUGGUAUGUACCGUGCUUUGAGCCUUUGGGGAUGAAGCGUGAUUUUGAAAUAAUCUUUAUUAUUAUUAUUAAUUUAGUGGAAUUCUUUCAAUGCUCAUACUCUUUUAAUGGCAUUCUGAUUCCUACUUUGAGAUAGACUUUUUCUCUAAAAAAACAUUAAAAAGUAUUAUAAGAUACACAAAUUUAAUAUUUAUAUCAAUCUUAUCAAUUAGCUAAUACAAUCCUUAAUAUUAUCUUUCAAUUACCAGUGCCAGUAAUAAAAGUAUGGCAAGAAGAUCUUGAUAUUUCCAAUGAAAGCCAUUUAAUGCAUUUGAACACAGAUUUUUCAUUUUGUGUGGAUGAGAUCAAUACUUCUAUCCUCAACUUGACCAGGUAUCUGAAAGAACAGGGCUGCAAGAAAGUGGGUGUCACCGGCUUUUGCAUGGGCGGAGCCCUGUCCAUGGCCGCCGCAGCAUUGGUACCUGAGAUUGAUGCCGCCGCCCCCUUCUACGGCAUCCCAUCUGAUCAGCUGUGCGAUGUUACUAAAAUUAAAAUCCCACUGCAGUGCCACUUUGCUGAAAAGGAUGAUGUA